UGUGAGUGAAAGGCUAACCGAAACCUGUGGGACUGGAUGUUUUGACCUGCACGUCAGAGACACUAUUUCACUCAACAAGGUUUCAGAGUCUGUGAACCGGGGACUGUAACUGGACUAAUGUUUUUAAGGAUUUUUUGUUGAAGAAACUGUGAAGGAGCUUGGUGUUUAGCGCUGCUGUGCUAAGGAGCCACAGGUCCUGGUUGUGGCGUUGAAGAGCUUCAGGAGGCUUAGUGGAAGAGCCAAAAUGGCGGCCUUCUGUCUUCUCAAGCAUUGAUGCCACUGCAACUGGCAUGACUACCUGGUGUACCUUGGAUCCAAAAUGCUGGCUGAAGGAGUAAUUGGGAAUGACAUGGAAUGUUGGGAAUUGGUGCUGGAACACCCAAGAGACUGGGAACUUUGACAAAGGGAGUUAUGAUCUUAUAGGAUUCAAGUCCUGGAAAAUCGUGUUCUCUUGUUUGCAUUUGUUCAGCUUCAACUACCAUUUGUAUUCAUUCAUCGCUUGAUUCAUGGACAGAGUGCUGGACAACCGUAGGGCUAGUAGAUUCAGAAUGUGCCUAUUGAACACAUAACAUCUCAUAGAAAGGCCAAUGGAGAGUGUGCGUAGAUGUGCUUGUGUCCAUGUGCAGUUGGAACAUUGGGAAACAAUAGGGGUAACCAUGGUAAACAUCUCUCUGUGGUGACCGGGACUGUGUCCAGGACGGCAUUGGGUGUCGCUUUAGAGCUUGGGGCCACAGAGUGUUUCCGAACGUGCAUGCACGUGUUUGUGUGUGUGUGUAUGUGUGUGUGAGUGUGUGUGUGUGUAGGCUAUGUGUGUGUUUGUAUGUGCUGAGGGAUAUUUAGGCACAAACUGAACAGCACCCUGCUAAGUGCUGACCCCUCCUUGGCUGGUCUCUCGUCAGCUGCUGGAGUUCAGGUGGCGACUGUAUGUGUGUGUGUGUGUGAGAGAGAGAGAAAGAAAGAGAGGGUUUUUUGCAGGGUUCAAAAAUAACUUUUUCAAAUGUGUACAUCUACCAGCCAUUGAGAGAGAAAUGGUCAAAUUCAGCAGCCAGUCACUAUUAAAACAUUAACUUGUGUCGGAAACCUACCAGCCACUUUCAUAUUUCACCAGCAGUGGGCUGGUGCUUAUUUUGAGCCCUGUGUGUGUGUGUGUGUGUGUGAGAGGGGGAUGUGGGCGCGUCGACGCUCGACCUCGGGGGUCCCGGCACCCCCUGGGCUCCACUGGUGCUUUGAGUUCCCGGUGGGUGUGGACUGUAGCGGACCCGAGCCGCGCUGCAUCUGGCUGGCCGUUCUCCGCAGUGGACGGGUCCCCCGGAGGGACAUACUGCACCGCCAGCAGCACCAACACCACUGGGCUAAAGGGCGGAGAGAUGGUAUUUCAUCGGCCAAUGAGAGGGUGCGGCCGCUGUCGGGGGAGGGUGUGGUCUGCCCGGGCCCGAGGACGGUGGUCCUGCAGAAGAACUCGCAAGGCUUCGGCUUCACGCUCCGCCACUUCAUCGUCUACCCACCCGAGUCGGCGCUCCACACCACCCUCAAGGAUGAGGAGAAUGGCAAUGGAAAAGGGUGCCAGCGGAAUCGUCUGGAGCCAAUGGACACGAUCUUUGUGAAGAGUGUGAGAGACAAGGGACCAGCGCACCAGGCUGGCCUCUGCACAGGCGACAGACUGGUGAAAGUCAACGGGGAGAGUGUUCUGGGGAAGACUUACUCUCAGGUGAUUGCGCUCAUCCAGAACAGUGACAGUGUGCUGGAGCUCUCGAUCAUGCCCAAAAAUGAGGAUGUGUUGCAGUUGGCGUACUCCGACGACGCGUACCUGAAGGGGAACGAGCCCUACACAGGCGGCGCCGAGAACCUUCCGGAGCCUCCUCCGGUCUGCUACCCGGGACGCAAGUCCUCCUCGGCGGGCCUGCAGCAGGGCCAGCCUCCGAACCACGUCCCGCAGGCGGGUCAGAACCACAGCCAGGUGGACAACCUCAACUGCCGCUCCGCUGCUGCUGCUGCUAACGCGCUGGGCUCGCCCCUGGACAACGCCGCGACGGGCGGCACCUCCCCUGGGGAGAGACGGGGAGGGACAUUCCGGUGGGCACGCUGCAUCAGCUCCAGGCCGCAGCGUCGCCGGCCUUCGUCCUCAACGGCGGGCCUGACCGUCUCGCCGCUGGACUUCCACUUCGCCAACCACAACGCGGCUAUCGCCUCGGCCUCGGCCUCGCUGCCGCCCAAGCGCAAGGGCAGCCUGCCGGGCGCGCGGAGUGAGGUGUGCCACCGCGCCCUCUCCGACUGGUACUACAACCAGGCGGCCGCCGCCAGCGCCGCAGUGCCCGUCGAGCGCCAGGGGAUGCCCAUGUCGCCACGGCACCGCAGCAUCUCGCAGGACCGGCUGGCUGAGCUCGGCCUGGCGCUCGGCAACCACCACGGCCACCAGCAGCACCACCGGCCGCCGGGAGGGGCAGGCUUCGGCGGCCAGUGGCCGCACAGCGCCUCCCAGGACACUCUGCUGUUGCAUUAUGGGGCGGCGUUGGGGGGAGGUGGCCGGGGAGGGAUGGGCGGUCAGCAUGGCGGUCAGGACUCGUUCUGGCUCGGGGGGUGGGGCGCGCCGGGCCCCGCGAGCCGCUCGUGCUCGGAGAACCUGCUGGCGGCGUGUCGCAGUCUCGCCGGCGCUCACGAGGCGGCCUGGCCCCACAACCAACAGCACGGCCAGCCAAUGAGGGCCGGCGACAGGACCGGACCGGCCAAUCACAGGACGGCAAUCGCCGCAACGGUCCCUCCUCCGGGCCGAACCGGUCAACCGUACCACCACCACCACCAACAACAACAUCAACAACAACAACAACAGCAGCAGCAGAUGGCGUCAAAAGCGCAGGCCAGACGGCUCCCGGCGGGACAGACGGUGGACGACCAGACGGUCGGUUACCGUAGCUACAGCCCGUCGUUCUGCCGCAAGGCGGGCCACCUCAUGCAGCAGUCGCACUCCUUCCGCGACCCCUCCUACACCGGCCCACACCUCAACUGGACGCCCACGCCCAAAACCAGCCCCCGAGGCCACACAGCCCGACCCUCCACGCCCCACCUCGCCCCUUCGCCCCCGGACUCCCGGGCCGACUGCCACGCCGAACUGCCGGGACUCCGCAGCUCGGGCCAGACGGACGAGGCGUUCGCCGCACCCGCGCUCUCGCCGUCGCCCGGGCCGCAGACGCUGGUCCAGACCCAGGAGGUGGUGCUGCGGCAGAAGCCGCCAGCCGGACGACGGAACGCCCAGGCCAUGCGGCACACUCACUACGCCCUGCCUGUGGACGCCUCGCACGACGCCCUGACCGCCACCUCCCUGGCGCCGGGUCGGGCGGAACCUCAGCGGCGACCCAACGGGAGCGUGGGGCCCCAGCCUACGGAGCCGGACUCCCUGGCAUCCAUCCCCUUCAUAGACGAGCCCACCAGUCCCAGUGUUGACCUGUGCGCCCGGCACGUGCCCGCAUCCUCCGUGGUGUCCAGCGGCCUGCGCCCUGCACCGGUGCCCACCUCCGCGCCCGCGUCUGUGCCCGUACCCGCGCCUGUCCCCACCAACACCACCACCACCAUCACCAGCCCCCCCGCUCCUCCCCUCCCCUCACCCCUCGCCAAGCUCUUCUCCUCCGAAUGCAGCAAUGCCAAGAACAGCCGUCGCUCCUCCUACCUGUUGGCCAUCACCACGGAACGCUCCAAGUCAUGUGACGAGGGACUCAACACCUUCAGGGAGGAGAGUCGCGUCUUCUCGCGACUACCCAAGAGAGUCAAGAGCUUCUUCACCGAUGGGUCUCUGGAGAGCCUGCGGGCGGCGGAGGAGGCUCGCUCCAAGCGGCACUCCACCUCGGAGCUGGGCAGCAUCACGCUGACGGACGUGCGGAAGGAGGGCUGGCUCCACUACAAGCAGAUCCUGACCGAGAAGGGCAAGAAAGUGGGCGGCGGCAUGCGUCCGUGGAAACGCGUCUUCUCCGUGCUGCGCACCCAUUCGCUCUUCCUCUACAAGGACAAGCGGGAGGCGGUCCUACACGGCGCCGGGGCUGGAGGCCACGGCCCCGCCCACGGCGAGGACGAGCAGCCAAUCAGCAUCCGCGGCUGCCUGAUUGACAUCGCCUACAGCGAGACGAAGCGCAAGCACACGCUGCGGCUGACUACGCAGGACUUCUGCGAGUACCUGCUGCAGGCCGAGGACCGCGAGGACAUGCUGGGCUGGAUCCGGGUCAUCCGCGAGAACAGCAAGACCGACAGCGAGGACUUGGGUUUCUCUCGUCAGGCCCUCAUCAAUAAGAAACUCAACGACUACAGGAAACAGAGUCCGACGGGCAACAAGCCGGACACCUCGCCUCGGGUCCAUCGCAUGAUGCCCCCCUUCCUGCUGCCCAAGACGGACAACACUUCUGGGACCAAUCGCUCCCCCAAAACAGACGGCAAAGAUGAGAGCAGCCCUCCUAAGACCCCCUGGGGCAUCAACCUCAUGAAGAAGGGCAAGAAGACAGGCCCCAAGGCCUUUGGGGUGCGGCUGGAGGACUGCCAGCCCGGCGUUGACAAUAAGUUUGUGCCCCUGAUCGUGGAGGUGUGCUGCAGCCUGGUGGAGUCGAUGGGGCUGGAGUACACGGGCAUCUACAGAGUGCCCGGCAACAACGCCAUGGUGUCCUCCCUGCAGGAGCAGCUCAACAAGGGCAUGGAGAUCAACACCACUGAGGAGAAAUGGCAGGACCUGAACGUCAUCAGCAGCCUUCUCAAGUCCUUCUUCAGGAAGCUUCCGGAACCUCUCUUCACCGACGAUAAGUAUAAUGACUUCAUCGACGCCAACCGGUUGGAGGAGGCAGGAGACCGACUGAAGACCUUGCGCAAGCUGACUCAAGACCUACCUGAUCAUUACUUCCACACCCUGAAGUUUCUAGUGGGCCACUUGAAGACAGUGGCGGAUAAUUCAGAGAAGAAUAAGAUGGAGCCGAGGAACUUGGCCCUGGUGUUCGGGCCUACUCUCGUCCGGACGUCUGAGGACAACAUGACCGACAUGGUCACGCACAUGCCCGACCGCUACAAGAUCAUCGAGACUCUCAUCGUGCAUCAUGCCUGGUUCUUCAGUGAUGAUCUAGACAAGGAUGAAAAGACUCCCGAGGACCAAAGGGACCUGCAGCCGAUCCCCAACAUUGACCACCUCCUCCCCAACAUAGGCAGAACCAUACCUCUCUGUGAUGCCUCAGAUUCCACCAACAGUGACUCAGUUAAAUCCAAGGAUUCCCCAGCUUCCAAGAAGGACCUGAGUGCUAAGGACUUCCUUCCCCUGUCAAUCAUCUCCGCCGUCACCCGGAAACGCAAGAAGCACCAAAGCGCCUGUCCCCCCGGCAACAGCACCGACGAGGACUCCGAGCACGAGCCGGUCAAAGCCAGCAACUACAGGGGGAAGAAGAGCGGAGCUGAGGAAGAGGAGGAGGAAGAGGAGGAGGAGGAAGAUGCGGAGGAGGAGGACAGGAAGGGAGGAUGUGCCAUUGUGGGAUCAGAGAGACAAGAGGAUGAAGGGAUAGAGAGAGCGAGAGAGAAGACAGAGGGACAGCAAGGUUCUCAAAGAGGAGGAGGAGGAGAGGAGGAGGAGGAGGGAGAGAGCAAGAGGAAUCAGAGUGUCGGUCAAGAGGAGAGGAAGGGUGGUCAGGUUAGGGCUUCCGCUGCCUGGCAAGGGGAAGGCAACUAUUGCACCAUGACGCCGAGCGGGCAGGUCAGUGCCAAGGAGGAAGGGGAGAGACGCCAGGGCGGGCAGGCCGUGCCCCAAGUGCGCCAUCCCGCGCCACGCAGCUUCCUCUACACACACGCCGCGCGCCACUCGCCCAAAUCCCCGCCGCCGCCCCCACUGUCCCCCGCGGUCGUCUCGCCUCCGACGUCGCCGCUGCGCCCUUCCUCCUCCUCCUUCUCCUCCUCCUCCCUGCUCUCGUCCCCCUCGGCCUCCCUGUCGCCCACCUCCCCCACCGGCCCCGUCGCCGAGGGCGACCCCCUGACCCGGAAGAAGUUGAGGCGAGGCGAGCGGGUGCGGCCCCGCUCCAUGUACUCGGAGUCGAGUCGCGGGGCGGGAUCGGCUGAUGAACGCGGUGGCGCCGGGGGCUCCUGCCCGGGAGCGCAGGGGUACGUCGCCUCGACCGCCUCUCCCACAUCUCUCACCGCGCCGGGCUUCGCUCGCCCCCCAGAGAGCCCCCACGCGUCGUCCACGGCCGCUUCCCCGCAGUGCCCCCCCUCUGACUGGACGGAGCAGACCCACGUCGCCCCGUCUGUGCCCGCGGGGCAGGUGUGGAGGCCGGGCCGCGGCGCCAUCUCCCCGGAGACCCGCCGGAGGCGACGGGACUGGCGGCGCCACACGGUGGUGGUCAGCCUGUCGGGGGAAGGCUGAUGACGUCAAGGAGGGUGACGAAGAGCGCCAGGACACUCCACCCCCCCCACCAUCACCACCACGCUACCAACCACAGCGUGCCAUCCUAGUGCCAAGCGGAGAGUCGGAGGCGCGGGCCGACCCUUAUGCACCCCCAGCCCCUGAGUGACCAGUGGGCCUCGCCUCUCUCCCUCCCUUGCUCUGCUGCCCCUCUGUCUCAGGAAGCGGGUGGCUUCAGUGGCAGCUACAUGAUCUCACGCCAAAGUCAAAGAGAGCCACCAGGAUCCAUUUUGUUUCCCCCAAAAACAAAGCAUAUCAGCAGUAACUUGUUUUCUUACCUGAGUACUCUGAUCAGAGUAAGGAUAAAGGGGAUUGAGGUUGUCUAUAGGGAAACACUACGUGCUAUAUAUAACUACGACAGGACAACGACAGUGACAGUGGUUUAAUAAUGGUUAACAGUGGCUGACCAGUGUUUCUGCCAACAGUGUUGUAGUUUGAACAGUUGAAGGGAGCUGUAUUGAGAGAAGCAGCCCAUAACCCCAUACCCCAAAGAGGUUCCAGAAUGCCACCCAACCCCCCCUACCUAUACACUAUGUACACACACACACACACACACACACACAGAGAUGGACAUUUGCAUUUUCUCUUCAGAGCCCAGAAUCAGCUGGGUUUCAAAUAUUGACCUGGAAGUGAAACAGGCCUCGUUGCCAUGUCAACCCUAAUCUCCCUUUAAUGACUUACAAUGUUUGCCCUGUUUGUCUGUGUAGCAUCUGUCUUUGUCCUCUGUGCAUGUACAUAUGUGAGUGAUUAUGUGUGGACCAAUUUUUUGUAACAAUUGUACAAAAGCCUUGCUAAGUUAACCCACCCUGUGUACAUAUGAUACAUAUAAUAUAUUAUAUUAUUUGUUUUUGAGUAUUUUUAAUGGUUUGGAGAUUAAUGGGCUAUGACUUGCCCUCUGAAA